UACUCGGUUGAACACCAUACGGGAAGAAGCAGCACAUUACGCAAACAGUGUUUCGGCUUUAAGCUUAAUUGUUUAUGAAAAAUGUCGCUUGUCAGCGUACUUUCCAGGCUGACUUUACAGAGCAGCGGUGUUGCCUCACGUUUCCUGCACACAACUCCAGUGCUUUGCGCCGAGCCCUUGAAGAAAAAGAAAAAGCUCGACCCACAGAUCAUAAAGCAGAGAGAAGACCGUAAAAAAAAGAAAAUCGAGAAGCAGAUACGCAGGCUAGAGAAGAAUGCGCGACAACUAAAACCGGUAGAAGAGCUAGAGGUGCCUUUAGAAUUAAUCGACAACAAGGCUCAACGGGAACGAAAGUUAACACCCUUGGGCGCUGCGCAGCUGGAGCAGCGUGCACUGCUGAAGAAACAAUGGGCCCACUACAAACACGAAGAGAAGGUGGCAGAUUUUCAAAUCAUUGACCGCUUGGUCCAAUCACAAAACAAAGCGCUGGAGGAGCUGCGUCUUGAGUCCGAAGAGCUUUACCAAGCGGCCAUACAAGUGGACCUGAAGCUACUACCAGUAUAUGUAAAAGGGCCAGUCGCAACGCCUCCUAUCAAAGACUAUGUAAGCCCUGACGGCGACUACAUACACCAGGCAAUGAAGUGGGAAUAAAUAAUUUACUUAUUUAGGUAAAAAGAACAUUUGUUAUUUUAAUUAAAAAAGAAAACCGAAUUAAAUGUGUAGUAAUUUUUAAAAUGAAUAAAUGACGGCAAAGGCUAGUCGAAGUCAACAAAUCCUGCUCCUGA